AUGGGAAACACCAACGCCACCAGCGCCUCUGUCGAGCAGGAAGUCAAGAACGUGCUCGAGUCCAACGAGGAGGUGUCCAACGAGAUGCUGGCCUCCCUCAUGUGGGAUAGUCCCCCCGAGGCCCUGCUGGCUGCGCUGAAGGAGGAGGACUUCGGCCUCUCCGAGUUCGUGUGGCUGGACAAGAAGGACAAGAGCGAAAGCGACAACAGCCACGAGCGAAACCAGAAGAGCUCUGAAGGCGACGAAGCGCGAGCCAGGCGGAUCGCCGAGAUCAGGCGACGCGUCGAAGAGGAGGUGGCCAGGCGCCGCAAGGAGAUGGCCCAGCAGGAGGAAGAGGCCGAAAAGAGGGCGAAGAGGAAGAACCUCGCCGACAAUGCGCUGGUCCUCCAGUGCGCCCACUGCUCCGCCCCCAUCACCAAGGGUGUCAACGUGAUCGCGGCCACGGCAGCCAACGGCAAGGUCUACUGCAAGGCCCACAGUACGCAGCUCCUCAAGGCCCGCGCCUACGAGCAGAAGGCCGCCAAGCAGCAGAAGCCGCGCCACGGCAAGAGGGCGCACUAG